AGCCCGGGCGCGCGGAGGCCAGAGGGGAGGGCGGUGCGGGUCAGAGGCCAGGCCUCCCUGGCUCCCCGCGCCUCGGAGGUCAGGGCAGAUAAGGAACAAUGACUCUCGGCCUGGGGAGGAGGAAGGAAGUCCCGCUGCCACCUUAUCUCUGCUCCUGUGUACGCUCCGGGCUCCCAGAGCUUGUUCUCUAGAGAAGACUUGGAAGGCGGCUUUUGUGCUGACGGCCACCCACCACCCUCUGAAGAAGGCGAUAUUGGCGGAUGACAUGCAGGUUCUCCAAGACAGAAUAAUUGCAGAAAAUCUUCAAAGGACCCCAUCUGCAGAAGUUCUGAAAACCUCUGAGUACAGAAAUUGAUUAUUCAACCAGGAUACCUAAUUCAAGACCUGCAGAAACCAGGAGGCUGAGACAUUCUGUUGGUUUCGUGACAUUGGACCAAACACAAUGAAGUAUACUUGCUGGGCUCUGGUUCUGGCUGUCCUGGGCACAGAGCUGCUGGGGAGCCUCUGUUCGACCGUCAGAUCCCAGAGGUUCAGAGGACGGAUACAGCAGGAGCGAAAGAACAUCCGACCCAACAUUAUUCUUGUGCUCACUGAUGAUCAAGACGUGGAGCUGGGGUCCCUGCAAGUCAUGAACAAAACAAGAAAGAUUAUGGAGCAUGGGGGAGCCACCUUCACCAACGCUUUUGUGACCACCCCCAUGUGCUGCCCCUCCCGGUCCUCCAUGCUCACCGGAAAGUAUGUGCACAACCACAACGUCUACACCAACAAUGAGAACUGCUCCUCACCUUCAUGGCAGGCAAUGCAUGAACCUCGGACUUUUGCUGUAUAUCUUAACAACACCGGCUACAGAACAGCCUUUUUUGGAAAAUACCUCAAUGAAUAUAAUGGCAGCUACAUCCCUCCUGGGUGGCGAGAAUGGCUUGGAUUAAUCAAGAAUUCUCGUUUCUAUAAUUACACUGUUUGUCGCAAUGGCAUCAAAGAAAAGCAUGGAUUUGAUUAUGCAAAGGACUACUUCACAGACUUAAUCACUAACGAGAGCAUUAAUUACUUCAAAAUGUCUAAGAGAAUGUAUCCCCAUAGGCCCAUUAUGAUGGUGAUCAGCCACGCUGCGCCCCACGGCCCCGAGGACUCAGCCCCACAGUUUUCAAAACUGUACCCCAAUGCUUCCCAACACAUAACCCCUAGUUAUAACUAUGCACCAAACAUGGAUAAGCACUGGAUUAUGCAGUACACGGGACCCAUGCUGCCCAUCCAUAUGGAAUUUACAAACAUUCUACAUCGCAAAAGGCUUCAGACUUUGAUGUCGGUGGAUGAUUCUGUGGAAAGGCUGUAUAAUAUGCUCGUGGAGACAGGGGAGCUGGAGAACACUUACAUCAUUUACACCGCUGACCACGGUUACCAUAUCGGCCAGUUUGGACUGGUCAAGGGGAAAUCCAUGCCAUACGACUUUGAUAUCCGUGUGCCUUUCUUUAUUCGUGGUCCAAGUGUAGAACCAGGAUCCAUAGUCCCACAGAUUGUUCUCAACAUUGACCUGGCCCCGACGAUCUUGGACAUCGCUGGGCUCGACACUCCUUCCGAUGUGGAUGGCAAGUCCGUCCUCAAACUUCUGGAUCUGGAAAAGCCAGGUAACAGGUUUCGAACAAACAAGAAAGCCAGAAUUUGGCGUGAUACGUUCCUCGUGGAAAGAGGGAAGUUUUUACGUAAGAAAGAAGAAUCCAGCAAGAAUAUCCAACAGUCAAAUCACUUGCCCAAAUAUGAGAGAGUCAAAGAAUUGUGCCAGCAGGCCAGGUACCAGACAGCCUGUGAACAGCCUGGGCAGAAGUGGCAGUGCAUUGAGGACACAUCUGGCAAGCUUCGAAUUCACAAGUGUAAAGGAUCCGGGGACCUGCUCACGGUCCAGCACAGCACGAGGAACCUCUACGCUCGCGGCUUCCUGGACAAGGACAAAGAUUGCAGCUGCGGAGAGUCUGGCUAUCGUGGAGGCAGAAGCCAGAGGAAGAGUCAAAGGCAGUUCCUGAGAAACCAGGGGACCCCCAAGUACAAGCCCAGAUUUGUCCAUACCCGGCAAACACGUUCCUUAUCCGUCGAAUUUGAAGGCGAAAUAUAUGACAUAAACCUGGAAGAAGAGGAAUUGCAAGUGUUGCGACCCAGAAACAUUGCCAAGCGCCACGAUGAAGGCCACAGGGGGCCCGGAGAUCCCCAGGCUGCCGGAGAUGGGGACGCAAUGCUGGCAGACAGAGACAAUGCCCUGGGCCUGCCCACCACCAUCCGAGUGACCCACAAGUGCUUUAUUCUCCCAAAUGAUACAAUUCACUGUGAGAGAGAACUGUAUCAAUCGGCCAGAGCCUGGAAGGACCACAAGGCGUACAUUGAUAAAGAGAUUGAAGCCUUGCAAGACAAAAUUAAGAAUUUAAGAGAAGUGAGAGGACACCUAAAAAGGAGAAAACCAGAGGAAUGUGCCUGUGGUAAACAGAGCUACUAUAAUAAAGAGAAAGGUGUAAAAAAGCAAGAGAAGGUGAAGAGUCAUCUCCACCCAUUCAAGGAAGCUGCUCAGGAAGUAGACAGCAAACUGCAGCUUUUCAAGGAGAACCGCAGGAGGAAGAAGGAGAGGAAGGAGAAGAAACGCCAGAGGAAGGGGGAGGAAUGCAGCCUGCCUGGCCUCACCUGCUUUACCCACGACAACAACCACUGGCAGACGGCCCCAUUCUGGAACUUGGGAUCGUUCUGUGCCUGCACGAGUUCUAACAACAACACCUACUGGUGUUUGCGGACUGUCAACGAGACGCAUAAUUUUCUUUUCUGUGAGUUCGCCACUGGCUUUUUGGAGUAUUUUGAUAUGAAUACAGAUCCUUAUCAGCUCACCAACACCGUGCACACGGUGGAGCGGGGUAUUUUGAAUCAGCUGCACGUACAACUCAUGGAGCUCAGGAGCUGUCAAGGGUACAAGCAGUGCAACCCAAGACCGAAGGGCCCAGAAGUUGGAAAUAAAGAUGGAGGAAGCUAUGACCUGCACAGAGGACAGUUAUGGGAUGGAUGGGAAGGUUAAUCUGCCCAGCCUCGGGGCCGAUGUCAACUGGCAAGGUCUGGAGGAUUUAUACAGUGUGAACGAAAGUGUCUAUGAGUACAGACAAAACUAUACACUUAGUCUGGUUGACUGGACUAAUUACUUGAAGGAUGUAGAUAGAGUAUUUGCACUGCUGAACGGCCACCAUGAGCAAAAUACAACAAAUAAGACUAGGACUGCUCAAAGCGAUGCGUUCCCGGCUGGAUCUGCUGAACUCUCGGUGCCGGGGGAGGGGGCUUCCGCGGAGUCCGACGAGGACCCGAGUCCUAGCGUUGGGGAAGCGCCUCAUUGGACCCUGCCCGCUGACCUUCCAACCCUGCAUUGGAACCAACCAACAUUCAAUCCAGACACGAAACUUGAAUGGAAUAACGACAUUCCAGAAGCGAGUCAUUUGAAUUCUGAACACUGGAGAAAUCAUAAAACUGAAACGUGGAUGGAGCACGAAGAGGGAAAUCAUCCUGAAACCGACUUCAGCGGCAAUGGCCUCCCGGAGCUGGUCCUCCCGCCCGGCCCCCGGCUGCUGCCCGGGAGCUGGCCACCGCGCGAACUGCCCCGGGCUGGCGGUCCAGGCGAAGACGUUUUUGAAGGUCAGCAGCAUCUUUCGGGGCCCGCUGAUGUGGAUGCCGUUCAUCAGACGAUCGACGCGUCUGCCGGGCAGCGGCCCGCUAACCCCCGUGGCGAGAAGCGGAUGUUGAACAAGGCGAAGAAUGGCAAGACGGGAGCUUACAGAGUCUAGAAGGCAAUGCCUCCUUUCCACUCUCCUCCAAUUAGCGGACAUUGUGACCUUACCCUAAACACAGUAUUUUUGUAACUUUUUAUUAGGAAACUAACAACGAUGAUCAGGACAGCCAACAUUGUACGCUACCCCAGGCACACAGGCGCAGAAGUCAGCGUCCGCGCGAGCAGGAGGCCCGCGGGGACUCGGCGUUGUAAUUCACCAUGUGUCAAGAAUAGAAAGAAAGGUUGACUUGUGUGUGUGCGUUUGUUUGUUUGGGGAGGACUCAAACAGUGGUGUCUUUUGAAAGUGAUAGGGAUAUGUCUAUACAAAUAUUAUCCAAUCAAGAUGGCUAGAAUUGUACCUUUCUGAGUUUCUAAAACUCGACGCCCUCCAUGAAUUUGUCAGCACACUUUCCACUGCCUGCAUAAUGUGGUUUUGAUUCCGUUUUUAACCACUGGACCUUUUCAGUGCCAUCACGUUCAAUGAUUUUGCACUUUGAGAUCAGAAUGCCAUGUCUGUUUGGUUAGUCAUUUUUUUUUUUCCUUCCCAUGGGUAUUUUCAUAGUCUCACUGGCUUUCAGUGUGACCACUGGGAAGCAGACCCCAGGAAUGACACCCAGUACGGAUGACAUAUUGUUCAGUGUACGCUUUUGCCAGAAACACAUUGCAUGCGUUUUCCUCGACUUGCUAAAAUUGAUUAGCAGAAAGGCAUGGCUAACGAUGUUGGCAGUAAAAAUAAAUAAAUCAACAAAACCAAGAUUGCCUGCUCUCUCUGUGCCUAGCCUCAAAGUGUUCAUCUUACGCUUCAGAUUGCUGAAUUUUUAUUAUUUUAUUAACAGGAUAAAAGGACAGACGACUUUUUUUUUUCCUUUCUAUCUUUGUUUUCUUGACCUGGCAAGUCAGGUCAAGUGUAGAGAAAAUAUGCUUAGUCUUGAAUUUGUAUAAGAAAUCUUUUUCAAUAAAACAAACUCAUGAAUGUUUCAUCUCUUAAACACACCAUAUGUGUUAUAUGAUUAUUUUUAAGGACUUCACCAAGUUCUGAUUUUUUUAAAGGCAUAAUUCGAGACUGCUUUUGAAAUUCUGUAUUCUUGAAAAUAUUCUUGUUAUGUAUUAGAUUUUUAAAUACCAGCAAAAGGAUUACCUCAUUGAGAGUUACCAGUACCCUAGCCAACUUCCCAAGAACUUUUUUUUUUAGCUUAACAGUGAUUUUCUUUCUAUUUUUAGAUCAUUCAAAUGCAUAGGUAAAUUAUGUUUUCUUUAAGUGUUUAAGGUAAACUCUUUUAAAGAAAAUUUAAUAUGUUAUAGUUGAACCUUUGACAACUUUAAGUCUUUAUCAUAGACUUUGUACAUAUGUUAAAAUUAACUAGCUCUUUAUCAGAUGUGUGUGUCACCAGCUGAAUGACAGAAGAAACAUAUUUAUGGUCAUGAAUGAUGUACUUUGUAAAAAGGUUUCAAGUUAUUAGGAAGCAUACUGUGUUUUUUAAUCUUGUGUAAUAUUCUGUGAUACUUUUAUAGAACAACUCUGGCUUCGGGAAAGUCUAGAAGCAAUAUUUCUUGAAAUAAAAGGUGUUUAAACUUUA